AUGUCGCUCGAAGAUGUCCGAGUAAAGGAAGAGGAAAUAACUGUUAAGAAGGAGCCAGAUUGGGACGCCCAAAUACUUAGGGACUGCAAAAAGGAGUCCCCGCUCGAAGAGGAGAGUGUGAGAGCGUUCGAUGAACUAUAUGCUGACCAUCUGGUGAAAAAUGAGCUCGUGCUCGGUCCUGAGUUGUUCCAACGGUCUGACAGUGCCUAUGCAGCCCAAAAUGCCCUUGACCCAUCUCUGAUGAAAACUUGCAAGCAGGAGCCAGGCUUGGAGUCUCAAUGCAACCAGAUGCAACCACAACCACAGCUGCGAGACUGUUUCAUAAGACUUGAGCGAAUCCCAACCUCAAAAAUUAAACUCGCCAGACCAAAGUAUAGAAAACAUGACAGUAAAUCAGGAAUAAAAUGCAACCGAAAUACACCUGCAAUUAGUAAGGCUUAUAAUUGCAAUACUUGUGGUGUAACAUUCUCAGUGAAAAGGUUAUUUAACAAACACUUGCGACAACACUUACAGCCUUAUAAGUGCAAAGUAUGUAAUAUGACAUUUACGGAUGAAACGCAUUUAAGAAGGCAUUCAUUGUUUCAUAUUGUUGACAAGAAAAGCAAAACUUGCAGUAAUUGUAAUGAACAAUUUGCAUCAAGAUCAGCGUUGAUCAAACAUAUUCGGAAACAUUUGGAAGAAACAACUUGCCAAAUAUGUAACAAGAAGUUUUCAAGCACAUAUUCUCUGGAUGUACAUAAGCUUAUACACACCGGUGAGAUACCAUACACCUGUGAUAUAUGUGGACAGGGUUUCACAUACAAAUCUUCCUUGGUUGCUCACAUACAACUGCAUGAUGGAUCACAAGAAAAAAAAAUCGCAUGUGAUGUAUGUAAUAAACGGUUUCCUUGUGAGGCACCUCUACUUGCUCAUAAAAGGUCUCAUACUGGAGAAAAACCAUUCUCCUGUGAAAUAUGUGGAAGAAAGUUCAGUGCUACAAACAAUUUAAAGAAGCACAAACUUACUCAUACUAAUAUGAUGGAGCGACGUUUUUCGUGUGAUUUAUGUAAAAAAAAGUUCAUCCGUAGAGAUAAUCUAAUCAACCACAAACGGAUUCACACAGGAGAGAAACCUUUUGCUUGCGAAAUAUGUGAAAAGAAUUUCAGAUACAAGGAAAGUCUAAUGUACCACUUAAGAACGCAUUCUUCUGAAAAUCCAAAGCCUCACAGCUGCGAAAUAUGUGGAGACAAGUUUAGAAUCAAAUCACAUUUAACAAGACAUCAGCUGAUUCAUAGUGGAGAAAAACCAUUUCAUUGUGAAAUAUGUACAACACCCUUUAGACACAAAUCAACUUUAACCGGUCAUAUGAGAACACACACUGGUGAGAAGCCAUACAAAUGCGCAGUGUGCGCACAACGGUUCACAUCAAGUGGUAAUUAUAACAAGCAUAAGCGAGAUGCACAUAAGUAACAUAAAGUUUGUUUUAUAGGAUGUAUAAUGCGCAUAAGCGAGGUGUACUUAAAUAAAAGACACGACGACGACGACCUUAAGAUUUGAAAUUUAAAAAAUAAGAGAGUGUUUUAGACACAAGCGGCGCGACAGUAUGAGUUGGGUCAUCUCGCCCGCAAGUUAAACUACCCGUCUAUUCAUUCCAUGAUUGUAUUUUUAGGGUUCCGUAUCUCAAAAGGAAAUAACGGAACCCUUAUAGGAUCACUCGUGCGUCUGUCUGUCUGUCCGUCUGUCACAGGCUAAUUUCUCGGAAACUACUGGACCAAUCAAGUUGGAAGUUGGUAAAUUAGUGACCCAAAGAUGGACAUGUUUUUUUUUUAAUUUUUAAAUACAUAUUUUUGAAGUUAUUUGAGAAAAUAGCCAAAAAAUGACCAUCCCCCCCCCCCCCCCCUUUAUCUCUGAAACUACUGGGUCUAAAAUUUUGAAAAUAAUACACAAAAUAGUUCUGUACCUAUAAAUGACAGGAAAACCUAUUACAAAUGUUCAGUCAAGCGUGAGUCGGACUUAUGUACGGAACCCUAGAAACGCGAGCCCGACCCGCACCUGGCCGGUUUUUUGUUAAAUAUAUCAAUCAUGUUACAUUAUGCUCCCCUGCAUGUGUUUAUUAUGUACCAAGAAAACUAUUAAUUUUUUUUUACUUGUUUGAAUGUAGUCGUAGUAUUGGGUGCUAACUUAAUGUAAUAGUAAA